AUCCUCACUCAGGUGUGGCAUUCUCUAACACACAGGACAGAAGUACGGAGCUUUUUUUAAGUCAGAUGCUGAGCGACCGUUUGUAGGACAGUUUCUUUUGCGUUUUUUUUUUUUUCUUUCAAAGUGCAGCUUAGAGAGGAACGUUUGCUUCAGUUGCAUUUGAGAGAAAACUGAAGGAAUUUGCUGUGGACUACUGGGGGAGAAGCUUGUCAGACAUCCGGCCAACACAGUGCCGUGUGAUUUGCCAUGAGAUACAACUGGCCCUGAAGGCCCUUACUCUCCAUGCAGCGCUAUUCUCAUCACUUCGUGCCGAUGGACCCUCAGGUGUGCCCUCCACCUCUGAGCAGCAGCCAGUCCGUGGUCAGUGGCCUUGAGAAAUCCCCAGCCAGUACGUUCAAACCGGGCCAUUCACGCAACAACAGCUCUGGCUCAUCUAGACAUUCAAAACAGUCUCGACACUGGGAGGUGAUGGACGACUUGCAGCAACUGGACAUGGCCUCGGCUCCCGGCUCCACGCUGGACCUCAGCAUCCCUGGGAUCUGUGAGGGCUAUUUGAUGAAGAGGAGGAAGUAUCCACUCAAGGGCUGGCACAAGAGAUACUUCCUGUUGGAGAAAGGAAUUCUCAAGUACUCAAAGACGCAGCAAGAUAUACAGAGAGGGAAGCUGCAUGGAUCGCUGGACGUCAGCCUGGCUGUAAUGUCUGUGAACAAGAAGUCCAAGCGCAUAGACCUGGAUGCUGGAGACAACCUCUACCACCUGAAGGCAAAGAGCCACGACAUCUUCUACAUCUGGUUGACCAAGCUGUGCGCCCACCGCGUGUACAGGAAAAACGAGGCGAUGAGCGUCCACCGCGGCGUCCUUCACGCUCUCUCUGUGGGCCAGAGCACUUUUCCAUCGAUGGCCAGUCUCGCCCACCAAAACAGAGUCACGUAUUCCCAGUACGCCAGCACAGCAUCGGUAUACCAACCAGACGUGGUGAGCCCCCCCCCGGCCGUUGCCUCGCACCCAGGGGUGACCAGCAAGGUGGCGGCCUGGCUGCAGCAGACCCAUGACAUCGACGCGACCUCCAGCGACCUCUCUCGCUGUCAAGCAGAGCUCACUGAACUGGCUCAGCUCAUCCAGAAACUUCAUUGGCUGGAAGGAGGCCUGCCAAUCACAAACACAGAUCUGGAGAUGCGAAUCAGCAUGCAGAAUCUCUCGCUGGAGAAACCGAAGAAAAAGUCGGGGAGAGUGUCGGGUCACUCCAGGACCUUGUCCCGUGUUGAAGCAAUGGGAGGAAUGGUAAGAACUUUACUAGUCUUGAUUAAUUCAUUUGAGAUGUUCAGCUUCAUAUGCAGUGUUGUGAGUCAUCCUUGCCUGAAAUCAAUUUAUUUCUCUCCUCUCGUUCUCCUCCAGUUCACUUCCAGCCACCUGAGUACAAACUCUAGUUCUGGACUGGGGGCUUCUGUUCAGUCCAUCCCCAAUUACGUUUACUCUCAGCUGUCUAACCCGCAGGGCACCUCGCCCGAGGCCAAGAAGCUCCACCAGGAUAUCUGCACCGUCUCCCAGAAGGUUCAUGCUUCACUCAAAUCCAUUCAUGAUGUGUUGACCAUGGAGAGAGAGAGACUGAGACAGGCCUGGACCGGCCCGGACAUGAGGCAGAACACCUCACAUCAGCUCGCUACACUGUGCAGCACAUUAUCUGAGCUUGACGUACAGUCCCGUCUGACCAAAGUCCACUCACUUUCCCUGUCCUCUGAGUCUUCUGAAGAGUCCUUCUGCACCGUCUGUCCAGACCAGAGGACGCCGUCCAUGUUGAGUCGUAACAGUCACCGCGCGCCCUCCGUGGCGGACUCCAUGGCCGAGUAUUUCGAUGCCAGUGAGGUGAUAGUGUGCGAAACCUCGUCGGAGGCCGAAGCUUCCGACGAGUCGGGCCUGAGCGACAUCACGACUACCAGCAAUUCAGAGCCUGAAGAGGGACACUCCACUGCCGCCCUCAACUACCGAGCCAGUCUGAACAGCGCGAAUGACAAACCCAGAGUAGUGCCUGCGGAUACAGGUCGUCGCACUGCCCUCCCAGCCCCGGGAACCGAUAACAGCCACAUUGGCAUCAUGACCAUCCUGUACAACAACAUCGGCAAAGAUCUGUCCAGAGUCUCCAUGCCGGUCGCUCUCAAUGAGCCGGUGUCUUUGCUGCAGAGACUGAGUGAAGAGCUCGAGUACAGUGACCUGCUGGACAUCGCCAACAGCAUCGACGAUCCUUACGAGAGAAUGGUUUAUGUGGCAGCGUUCUCCAUCUCUGGUUAUGCCUGGGCAACAUGGAGGUAUCGCUACAAACCCUUCAACCCUGUCCUGGGAGAAACGUACGAGAAUUACAGAGAAGAUCGGGGAUUCCAGUACGUCAGCGAGCAGGUCUGCCAUCAUCCACCUGUGUCUGCCUGUCACGCAGAGUCAAAAAACUUCACCUUCUGGCAAGAUCAGAGGUGGAAGUACAAGUUUUGGGGGAAGUCAGUGGAGAUCAUCUCUUCUGGAAUGGUCAACGUUAACCUCCCCAAGUACAAUGAUCACUACGAAUGGAACAAGGCAGUGACGUGUAUCCACAACGUGCUGAGUCAGCAGCGCUGGUUGGAGCACUACGGCGAGGUGGUCAUCAGAAACAAGAACAGCGACGUGUGCACCUGCAAGAUCACCUUUGUCAAGUCUCGGUACUGGAGUUCAGACAGCAGUAAGAAUGAGGUGCAGGGCGUGGUUCUGGACCAGGCCGGAGAAGUGGUCCAUCGCUUUGGAGGUCUCUGGCAUGAAGGCAUCUUCUGUGACACUCUGCCUACGCCAAAGUGCAUCUGGAAGCCCCAUGAGCAACCUGAAGACCACUUCCAGUUCUACGGAUUCUCACGUUACGCCAGAGAACUAAAUGAACUGACUCCAGAGAUGAAGGCCAUCCUUCCACCUACAGACACUCGCUUCAGACCAGACCAGAGGCUCCUGGAGGAGGGGAAAGUAGCGGAGGCAGAUAAAAUGAAGGAUGACGUGGAGCAGAAGCAGAGGGAAAGAAGGAAGGAGAUGGCAAAAAAAGGGGAGGAGCACACCCCGAGGUGGUUCAGCAAAUCGCUGGAUGACGCCGGCAGGGAGGUGUGGCUGUACAAGGGAACAUACUGGAAGGUCCGCAAAGAGCCGGGAUUCGCCUACACGGACAACCUGGACCUGUGGUAGAGCAGGGUAGAACGAUGCUCCAAGCUCGACGCCGACGGCUGAAUGAAACCAACCAACGUGUCAAACACUUGAUAAAAUGAUAAAGAGGAAGAAAAUAGAAUUGUAAUCUUGUUGGAUUGUUUACCUGCGCGUGGAAAAUGCUGUCGUGACUUGACAUCAAGGGCCGAGAGGUGCGCUGCUAAUCAUAGUUACUGCUGCAUGGGUGUAGAGCAGAAGGGCUUUAAGAAGCAUAAAUGAACCUCUCGUAGUCAUUUCUGUGCUGUGUAGAGGUGAGGUGCCACUAUGGAACAUAUGAAGACUGAUUUAGACGAAGCCGGAUGUCUUUUUCGUGCCUUUCGCCUACCUUUACCCAUAAUGGAACCCUUUAAUAUUAACAUCCAUCAUUCAAAAGCGUACGUUAACUUGAACUCCACUUUUUUAAACCCUCUGUCGCUGCCAUUUUUGAGAAGUGCGAAGAAACAUCCAUUUGCCACAACUGUCUUUGUGUAAAGUGUCUUAUAUCGUAUUUGUGGGAUGUAUUCAUUUCGUGAGUUUUAGCUUAUCUGUAUAAUUAUUUUUAGUUAAUCUCAUUGUCGACAGUCAGAUGGGAGUAGUGUCGGAGGCUGACUCCCUACAGAGGAAUCCAGAACACUUAGGGGAGCGAUGUCUGGUUCUUGUGGGAUGGAUUACAGGUGAACUGGUGCUGUCUUGCUUUCUCUCUCUGGGGGCUUUAUUGUUUAAACGUACUAACGUCGGUUUGCAUUUUGUCUUCUAUAUAUGGUAACACGUCGGUGACGCGGGUUUUCCAAAGUGUCUGAAUGCUGGAAACGUCCAGCACCGGUCCAGCCUCCUUCCUCUUUGUCUCCUGCCUGUAUGACUUGUCCAAAAAUGAGCUGAACAGAACAGGAUUGUGUCUCUCGGACGUUAAUGUUCUCGGUUGAUACAAUGAAGUAUUUUUAUUGAUGUUUCAACAACGGAUUUUAAUAAGGAAAAGAGACUACUGUUAAAUCCCAGUGAAAUGUCUUUCUCUUAAUGGUUUCGUUUGAAAUAAAAGGUUCUAUAAUCGA